AUUUCUUCAAGUAUCACUGGAAUCAAGUCUCAAGUGGAGAAGCUGCAUCAAGAAGCUGAUAGAAUAGUUGAAAAAAUUAUUAAUGAACACAAGAAGAGCCGGGAAACAUUAAACGUUGACCAGAGUACUGAGAAAACUGAAGAUCUUGUUGAUGUUCUUUUGAAACUUCAGGAGCGUGAUCUUGAAUUUCCUUUGACUACCGACAACAUCAAAGCAGUUGUCUCGGACAUUUUUGGUGCCGGUGGUGACACAGCUGCCACAACAAUAGAUUGGGCAAUGUCCGAAAUGAUGAAAAACACAAGAGUGCUGAAGAAGGCACAAGCUGAAGUGAGGGAAGUCUUUAAUAGAAAUGGUAAGAUCGAUGAAUCAUGCAUUGAUGAAUUGAAAUUCUUGAAGCUAGUAGUAAAAGAGACUUUAAGACUGCAUCCUCCGGUGCCUUUGUUAGUUCCAAGAGAAUGUAGAGAAAAAUGUGUGAUCAAUGGAUUUGACAUACCCAUAAAAACCAAAGUCAUUGUUAAUGCAUGGGCAAUUGGAAGAGAUACAGAAAAUUGGAGUGAACCUGAGAUCUUCAAACCGGAGAGGUUUCUCAAUCAUUCUGUGGACUACAAGGGGACUAAUUUUGAAUACAUCCCAUUUGGUGCUGGUAGAAGAAUAUGCCCUGGAAUGUCAUUUGGUCUAGCCAAUAUUGAGCUUCCUCUGGCAAUGUUUCUGCACCAUUUUGAUUGGGAACUUCCUGCUGGAAUGAAGAAUGAGGAUUUGGACAUGACGGAGGCCUUUGGUAUAACAGUUGGAAGAAAAGACGAUCUGCACGUUAUUCCCAGUCCUUAUCAUCCUUCAGCUUCUACGUAAGCUAGAAAAGGCUGUCUAUUUAUAUUAAGAUCUGUACAAAUUACAACAUUAUUGAUCAUAUUUCUUAGAGCUUGAAAGAUAGUAAGUA